UUACAUCCGGUACAACCAACUCGGGUGAUGGCUCUGCUCUUCCCAUCGUCGUUGUAGUAACCACAAGUACAGGUACAUAGCGGGACCAGCCCCAACCCGCUCUCCAAUUGACCACCCCUCACCCAUCAUCACCACCCACCGCCGCAACCAUGUCCUUCCUGGCGCCGCAAUUCAGCGCCCCUACCAUACCCAACGUCAAGUCCUUGUCCGACUGCGCCGACUUCUCUAAGACCGUCGCCCCGUACAUCCCGCAAUUGUACGAGCUACCGCACCAAUUACUGGCACAUUACAAUGAUCUCGAGGCUCUGAAACACAUCUACCUCACCACCAAUCCUCUCGUCACGUCGCUAGCGUUUGCUCUCUUCAACAGCGUCGUGGUCCUGAUCGUAUCGGAGAUCAACAAGAACUAUUCCCAGGUCGAUCGGCUGUGGAGUAUUCUCCCUGUGCUGUAUAACUGCCAUUAUGCGCUAUGGGCACACCUUUCGGGCCUCCCCACGCACAAAGUCGAUCAUGUCAUGGCCGUGACCGUUCUGUGGGGUGCAAGGUUGACGUUCAACUACUGGCGAAAAGGCGGCUAUACCAUCGGCUCUGAGGACUACCGCUGGGCGAUUGUCAAGGCAAAAAUCGGCUCAAUCCCAAUGUUUGUACUCAACGUCGUCUUCAUCGCUCUGUUGCAGAACCUCCUCCUUCUCGCGAUCACCUGCCCGACGUACAUCCUCCUGCUCUGCGGGCGCGUGAACAACGAAAUCAGCACGUACGAUAGCGUCUUCUCCAAGGGAAUGCUCUUCCUCGUCGUCAUCGAAUACUUCGCCGACCAGCAGCAGUGGAACUUCCACCAGGCCAAGUCGAAGUACCAAAAGACCGCCCAGCUGCCCAAGGAGUUCGGUUACAGCCGCGAGCAGCUCGACAGGGGCUUCAACACCACCGGCCUUUGGGCGUGGUCGCGCCACCCCAACUUCGCGGCCGAGCAGGCGUUCUGGAUCGCUCUGUACCAGUGGAGCUGCUGCGAGACGUGGAACUAUAUGAACUGGGCUUUCUUCGGCGCCAUUGGGUAUCUCUUCCUCUUCCAGGGUAGCACCUGGCUCACCGAGCUCCUCUCCGCGCAGAAGUAUCCCGAGUACAAGAUCUAUCAGAAGCGUGUGGGCAAGUUCCUGCUCAAGGGCGACACGAAGAGCAUGGAGGAGCCGAAGAACGAAAAGGAGCGCAAGUUGAUCGAGCAGCCGGCCAAGGGCAAGAGCACGGCCACGGGUAAGAGUACGGCGACGGCAACGGCAAGCAAGGGCAAGACCCGAAAGAGGUAGUGGAAUGAUUAUAGAUUUGGAUCUUGAUCUGUGGGGCAAGCGGAGGCUGUGCUUAUGCAUUGCAUUAUCCGGGAAGAAUUAUUUCAAGGGUUAUCUGAGGCAUAGCAUAGGAGUUGGGUGUCAAGUAUAUAGAGCAGUAUUGCGGCUAUAGACUAGACUUAGAACCGUAGAGUUCGUCGACAAGUGGUCAUUUAUCUAGAGUAGUUUCGAAUACUAAAAGUCAUGUGGCGCC